UCCGACGAGCGCGAGGCCGAGGCCGCGCCGAUCCCGACGACGGCGCCCGCGCUCGCGCCGGGAGCCUCCUACGCGACGCUCCCCGAUCGAGUGUACGCGGCCGUGGCGCUGGAAAACGACCCCUGGGGGCGGCCGCUCGACGAGGCCCUCUCGGCGAAAAUCACGGGUAUGAUCAUGGACGCCUACAACCCGCCCUACGUCGAGUCGCUGCUCGUGGACGGCAUCGGCCCCGCGAUGGACGAAGCGUUCUCGGUCCUCAUGGCGGCGGGCGUACUUCAGCAACAGCAGUUCGCGCCGACCGUUCUGUCGGUGCCGUCGUCGAGGGAUCCGAACAAGCGCACGCCCAUCGCUUCCUUAUCGCCGGAUCGGCCGUGCUGGCCCGAGCUCGUCGUCCGCGCCUGCGAAGGAUGCGACUCGGGUAGAACUGUGCGACGCCGUCAUCUUCGGCGUCGCGCCGGAAGGCGUCGCGGAGCUCGAGAAGUUCCUCGGGUACUUGGAGUCGUCGCAGCGCGCGGCCGUCGUCCGGUUGGACGCGGCGACGAAAGCGUACGUGCCGGCGCAGACCGUCGACGCGACCGCGCCGGCGCUGGUGUUGCGGCCGUUUCAUGCGCC